AUGGUCCGUAGGCAAAGGCAUUGUCCUCACACAGGGGGCCAGUCUAUCCGUGAGGGCACAACACAGGCUGAGUCGUGGUACCGAGCCAUCCUGGAACUCACAAGUUUCUCCAGCAGUGCCACUGGUUGUAGCCAGCCAGUACAGGAACCAGUUCUAACGAUCAGCAAUACACACUGGCUGUGGCCAGCCAGCUCGGAUGUGUGUCACAGUGGCAAAUGGAAAUGCGUAGCAAAUGUGCACUGCCCUGCAACCUGUGUCAUCCAUGGUGAAGGGCAUGUUACUACAUUUGAUGGCAAGAAAUUUAUCUUCAAUGGGAACUGUGAAUAUACCUUAGUUCAGGACUCAUGUUGUGUGAAUGAAACACGUCCAAAUUUCAAGAUUGUGUCUGAAAAUGUUAUUUGUGGACAAUCAGGAGUCACAUGCUCCAGAGCAAUAAAGAUAUACAUUGGGGAUGUGCUGAUAGAAAUGAGAGAUGCAACCUACGAGAUAACACCUGAAAAUGCAGCUGAUAAAUUCAACAUACAAAUCAAUCCACUUUAUAUAUCUCUUGAAGUAGUAAUCCCUGGGGGUCACCUACUACAAGUGUUAUGGAACAAGAAUACAAAUACAUUCAUUCGCUUCACCAGAAUACAACAGCUUUCACUCUGUGGACUAUGUGGGAAUUUCAACAGUGAUGUAGGUGAUGAUUUUAUAACUCGCAGCCAAUACUUGGCCUCCAAUGCAUUAGAAUUUGCAAAUACUUGGAAGGAAGAGCCUUUAUGUCAAGAUGUGACUGAAAUUCUGCAUCCAUGUGAGCUAAAUCCAUAUCGUUUGGCCUGGGCAGAGAAACAAUGUCACAUAAUUCACAGCAGUAUCUUUGAACCAUGUCACAAUCUGGUUUAUCGAGUUCCAUAUUAUGAAAGCUGUGUACAAACUACAUGUGGUUGUGACAUAUUUGGAGAUUGCGACUGCAUGUGUGGUGCUGUUGCUGUCUAUGCCAAAGCCUGCAUAGAUGCUGGAGUCUGUAUCAAUUGGAGAAGCCUUAACUUUUGUGCUGUGUACUGUGACUACUACAAUACCCAUCAUCCAAAAAAUAACCAGUCACAGUUUACUGAGAAUGGCGAUUAUCCAAGUCAUUAUCAACCUUGUUCAUGUCCUGAAAAUUUGUGGGCCUUUCCAAUGAACAAUAUGGAAGGUUGCUACAGAUGUGCAACAAAUGAGUAUUAUGAUCACCACUUGCAAUCAUGCAUGCCCUGUGAUGCAGAUUACUCUUGAGUGUACAUGACCAAAAUGAAAUCUGCAGUAUUCUUGAAAACGUACCAUAGUCAAGAAGAAUUGGUUGUAAUUUCAGUUUGAGUUAUCAGUUUGUAGCUUCCCUAUCAUAACAAAAACUAAAAAAUUAGCAAGUGAUGAGUCAUCAUUCCUAGGAAGGAAAACUAUGUUGCCAAACUGGUCUAUAUUAAUUCUAGUAUUUUAUUUUUCACUGUUACAUUUAGGAUGCUGACAGUCUAUUCUUUGUCUGCUAAUUCACUUUCACUUUAAAUUUGAAAAUAAACCUGCAUUUUGUAAGAUUUCCUUUGCUAUGGCUACAGACUACACAAAGAUGA